AUGAAGUACCUACCCAUUCCCGAAUUCGAGGACGUCACGAACUCGCUCAACUUCGACACGGCCGACUGUCACAUCACAGGCGGAUGCGAUCUGUACACAAUAAAGGCUGCACGCGCCGACCGCAAACUGUACAAGAACAUCGAACAAUCACUUGAGGCUCAAUAUGAAUCUGUUCUGCGCCUGUCAGCAUCGCUUUCCCCCCCUAACGCAUCGGACGCGGCUGCCUCCCUCAAUCUGUCGCGUUCGAGCCCAUUUGGACCAUUGAGCGACCACUCCAGCCGACGGACUUUUGCCUACUUGAUCGCAACCCUCAACGCAAGCCAUCCAGACUAUGACUUCUCGCAUGUUUUGCGCCCUUCGGACUUCCGACGCGAGCGGAGUCUGAAGAGGGUUAUGAAUACAGUCGACUCGACCCUUUUCAACUUGCGCCCGCGCGAAACGAUUGACAUGACACCUCCAUCAUCUGUGACAUUAUCUGGAUCAUACAACACCGGAGCCUCUGCAACGUGGGGUCCGAAAAUGUGGAGAAUGAUUGAUGAGCACAUGUCUUUAAAGGAGUGUUCCUACUAUUCGUACUCGCCUGAAGAGGAUCCGUCCGACGCGGAUGAUGGUGCCAUCUGGAGCCUUCAUUACUUUUUCUUUAGCCGGCUCCGGAAACGAGUCUGCUAUCUUUACCUCCGCGCGAUCCCUAUUUUGAGCCACACGCCUGAGGACGGAGAGGGAAUUCCAUCUACACCCAUUGGAAAGAGAACUUUCGACGAUGGGUACAUGACCCCCGAGCUGGGUUCCACUAAGCGGGCUCGUUACUGGUUUGGAAGCGGCGCGAACAUUGAGAGUGAAAGCGAGGAGGAGAGUUCAUCGCCGCCGACGCGUCCUGUUAUGGACGAAUAUGAUAACUACCUGCUCAGUGACGAGGAAUUUCGUUCAAGAUCUGGUAGCAAGGGGACAGUUCGUGCUAUGAGCGAGGAAAUUGCGGACUCGAUGGAGGUUUGA